CACCUUCGCAGGGCGCAGCAGGAGCGGGGCGCCGCUGACCCAGAUCGCGGCGGCGCCGCAGCCCGCGCCCGCCCGGCGACCACGGCCCGGGACGGCGGCGGGGCCGCGCCAUGGCGCUGUAGGGCCCGGAGCGUACUGGUAUCUUUUGCAAAGAAGAGGCUAUCAGUACGGUUCCAGUAACACAAGCAAAACCAUCAUCAUGAAACACUUCCUAAGGACUUCUGCAAGCAAGAAUUCCCUUUUCUAAAGAACAACCCCUUUGAAAGCAAACUUGCAAAAAAAUUUUGUGCCUUUCGUGUUAUAAGCAGAAGACUUCAACUGUCAUAAGUUUAAGAUGGAUGAGUAGUAGAAAAUUGCAGGAUGUUUGUUCAGGUAUGCCUGUACUUCUACUGUAAAUGCUUGUGGCGCUGUCUGAAAUUCGUGGUCAGGAAAUUAACAGGACGGUGUGAGCUACAAAGGAUCUGUUACAAUACCAAGCCUGGAGCUGCAAGAACUAUGAAAAUAGAGGCGUCGCUGAGGGGUUCAAAAAGUAAGCGGCUGCAAACUUCAGUAAGUGUUCACCCUGAUGCUAUUGAAAAAACUAUAGAUGACAUCAUGGAGCUGAAAAGGAUUAAUCCAGAUAUAAAUCCACAGCUGGGGGUGUCUCUUCAGGCCUGCCUGCUGCAGAUUGUGGGGUACCGAAAUCUGGUUGCAGAGGUUGAAAAGCUGCGCAGAGAGCCAUAUGAUUCGGAGAAUCCGCAACACGAAGAAAUGCUUCUGAAGUUAUGGAAAUGUUUGAAGCCCAAUUCGCCGUUGAAAGCUCGGAUUUCAAAGCAGUGGUGUGAAAUUGGUUUCCAAGGUGAUGAUCCUAAAACAGACUUUAGAGGGAUGGGUCUCCUGGGCUUAUAUAAUUUGGUGUAUUUUGCCGAAUGGGACACUGGGAUAGCUCAGCAAGUUCUUUCCGAUUCUCUUCAGCCUAAAUACAGGGAAGUCACUAAGAAGGAACUAAGCCAAUUCAGUAAAGCUGAAUGGGAGAAGAAAAAGUUUGAUAAGGCAAUUGGCUACUCUUUUGCUAUUGUGGGCAUUAACAUAACAGACCUUGCAUACAAUCUGCUUGUGAGCGGAGCUUUGAAGACCCAUUUCUACAAUGUCGCUCCAGAGGCACCAACACUAACACACUUCCAACAGACCUUCUGCUACUUAAUGCACGAAUUUCACAAAUUUUGGAUUGAAGAGGACCCACUGGACAUAAUGGAGUUCAAUCGUGUCAGAGAGAAGUUUCACAAGCGAAUUUUGAAACAGCUCCAGAACCCAGAGAUGGCUCUGUGCCCUCAUUUUGCUGCAUCAGAAAGCUUAAUCAAUAUGUAGUUAUUCACUUGAUUUUUUUUCUUUGAAAACACUGCCUCACUCUUGUGUUAGAUCACUGUUUAGACCAUCACUGACAUACUGAAUGACCAUGGCGAUUGUAUGCAUGUUUUUGGUGCAGUAUUCAUCUAUUUUUGUCAUAUAUACUAGAUCCCCUUAUGCUUCUCUUGGGGAUUUCUCAUUUUAAAUGGGUGCUCAUAUUGCGGCAUUAUGCAGUGUUACAUUCGGAAUUAAUGUCCAGAUAUCAGAGUUUUUUCUAUUUUUUUAGACUUUCCUCAUAAUUCAGCAUUGAAGAAUUUAAUUGUAUUUCUCUAGCUGUGUUUUUGUAUAUGUGGAAUAAUUAGCUGGAUCUCGUAUUGUGAAAGCUUUUUAACUUCUUGGUAUGUUUUAAGAUAACUUCUGGCAUUUCAAGCAAAGUAUAUAUCUGGACAUCAUCUAGAAGAUAAUGCGUGUAAUUGCAUCUGAUGCAGACAAACACAACACAUUAAGGUCCAAUUUUGUCCAUGCAGCCAUAUAUGCUUAAUGCAGAAUUUGAGGCUCAUGAGAUGCAAGCUUCAGUGUGAAGACUUUAUACAGAAUUACAGUCUGACUCCACAACUGCAUGAACACCAAAUGAUCUGGCAGUGCUAAUACGUUCAGUGAAGUGCAAACACUCACAGCUGGAUACUGGCAGAGGCCAAAAACUGUAUCAGGCUGUUAUCACCGACACCACCAAGCACGGUCUCGAUUCCUGCACGUUCUUUUGGAUAUACAGGGGUUCGUAUUUUCUGUCACAUAUUGGAAGGCAACAUGAUUUGAUCACGUUGUGCUUGGUGAAUUCAGGGGAGCAAUUCCCCCCCUCCCCCAAUAUUGAAAAUGUUGCUUUGGUUAUCAGCUCAGUUCCUAAGAACUGGGAGAAAUAAUUUGAUUAGAAGGUUUAGAGCAAAACCACCUGAAUUUUCCAGACUACUUUAAAAAAAGGCAAACUGCCUUUUUUUUUUCCUAAAAAAAAAUAUAAAUGUGAAGUGUCUGACACUAAGAUUGUGUAGUAUAUUGAACAGCAUCUACCAUGGCAUUUCAUACCCAUGGUAUUUUUUACCUUCUAAACAAUCAAUUUUAGUAUUAUAUGUUUGUGUAAAUCACUUGCAUAUUGAGAUUAAAUUUUGGGUAGUGUCCAACUACUUGUGAAUUAUAUGAAUAAAUUAUAUGUCAUUCUAAACUGAA